AUGGUGGAAAAUUUCAGUUUGGAAUGCUUGUCAGUGCUUGAGAAAGCUCAGCCUCAUAUCAUCCACAGGGACAUCAAGUCCAGCAAUGUUCUUCUUUUUGAUGAUGAUGUUGCUAAAAUAGCCGACUUUGAUUUCUCAAACCAAGCUCCUGAUAUGGCAGCCCGGCUUCACUCAACUAGGGUUCUUGGAACCUUUGGAUACCAUGCACCUGAGUAUGCAAUGACUGGACAGCUUAGCUCCAAGAGUGAUGUGUACAGCUUUGAAGUUGUUCUUCUUGAGUUAUUGACUGGAAGGAAACCUGUUGACCAUACAUUACCAGGGGACAGCAGAGCCACCCCAAGGCUUAGUGAAGACAAGGUCAGGCAAUGUGUUGACUCAAGACUUGGAGGGGACUAUCCUCCUAAAGCUGUUGCAAAGUUUGCAGCUGUCGCGGCAUUAUGUGUUCAGUAUGAAGCAGACUUUCGACCAAACAUGAGCAAUGUCGUCAAGGCGCUUCAGCCCCUCCUGAAUGCUCGAGCAACGAACCCUGGAGAAAAUGCUGGGUCAUAA